AUGUCCAAACCCACUAUCGGCUUCGUUGGCCUAGGAGCCAUGGGCUUUGGCAUGGCCACCAACCUCGUGCGCGAAGGAUAUCCCGUCGUCGGCUAUGAUGUCUUCCCUGCCUCGGUUCAACGGUUCCAGACCGCAGGGGGCAUUCCCGCUUCGUCGCUGCGGGAGUCCGCCGAGGGGAAGGACUUUUACGUGUGUAUGGUGGCGUCGGCGCCGCAGGUGCAGUCGGUGCUCUUUGGAGACGAUGGGAUCGUACAAUAUCUCCCACCGAACGCGACCCUGUUCCUUUGCUCCACCGUCCCCGCCUCGUAUGCGCAAUCGGUCGCCGCCGAGCUGCAGUCGCUCGGUCGUGCGGAUAUCCGUUUCAUCGACUGUCCGGUGUCCGGGGGUGCCAAACGGGCGGCCGACGGGACGCUGUCGAUUAUGGCGGGGGCGCCCGAGGAGGCGCUGAACAGUGGUCGGGAGAUCCUGCAGGUCAUGUCGGAUCAGAAGAAGCUGUACCUGGUGCCGGGCGGCAUUGGGGCGGGAAGCAACAUGAAGAUGGUGCAUCAGGUGCUGGCGGGCAUUCACAUCCUGGGCGCCAGCGAGGCCAUGGGCUUUGCGGCGCAGCUGGGACUGGACGCGAAGACGACGGCGGCGAAGAUCAUUGGCACGGAGGCCUGGACGUGGAUGCACGAGAACCGUCUGCCGCGCAUGCUGGCGGAGGACUGGAACCCCGGGGCGAGUGCACUGACGAUUAUUCUCAAGGAUGUGGGUAUUAUCACCACCUCGGCCCGUCAGCACCACUUCCCUGUGCCUCUUUGCUCGACCGCCGAACAGGUCUACCUGUCCGCGCUACUGCAGGGCUACGGCGCCAAAGACGACUCGGCCAUGGUCCGCCAGUACUUCCCCACGCCCAUCGCCCCCGUGGCCGCGUCCGCCGACGAUGUCGCCGCAUCUCUCCAGCUCGUACUUGAUUUGAUGCUGGGGGUCAACCUCGUGGCAGCAGCCGAGGCCAUUGCCUUCGCACGCUAUCUCAAGGUCGAUCUCGCGCAGUUCCACGAACUCGUCCGCGACGCGGCCGGCGCGAGCAAGGUUUUCAUCCACAAGGGACUGGAAAUGAUCGAGGGGCGCAUCGGCGAUAAGGCACCUGCAGGAUCCCAGCUCCUUGACGAGGCUGUCUCCCAGCUCGAGAAGGUGGUACAGAAGGCGAGGGAUCUGCACUGCCCACUGCACCUGGGCAACGCGGCGUUGACAGUGUUGCUGCUGGCUCGGAGGAAUGGGUUCGGCGGCGAAGCGAGCACGAGUGUGAUCCAGGUGUUUGGCCCGGAGUAG